AAAGUGAAAUUAACCUACUUCCUCGUUGAAGGCGUGUGCGUGCCUGCAUAUGUGACGUAUGGUGGUUCGAUGUCAUCACAAAAGUAUGCAUACGAUAUUGGGCAACUGUUGAAGAAUCUUAAUGCGACCACGUACAUACCGCCCUCAACCAUGGACAUCAAUAGUAGCAACAGCACCAGAACCAGCCCAACCAUGCCCGACCACCAGCACAAUGCGCUCAGUGUGCUGAGCUGGACCAGCGAACAUGUGAGCGAAUGGGCCCGGAAGGAAGGUUUAUCGCGGCGCAUCAUCGAGUGGAUAGCACGGGAGGAUGUCGAUGGUCGAUGUUUGCUAGCGAUUACCGAACAGGACGUGCACGAUCUACCGCAACACUGUGCCAUGCAGCUCCGGUUCGGUGAUAUUAAACGAUUCUGGUUUGCGACCCGGUUGCUUCAGCGGCAACAUUUGACCACAACGGGACCGCUUGGGCUGGCCGGUCUGUGGGCACCCGAGUACAGUAUGAAUGGGAACGAUAUGCCGUCUGCCGGUCAUCAUCCGCUGCAUCCACACCAUCACCCUCAGCAGCAUCAUCCGGCAGGUACUCACGGGACGCCACAUCAUCCUUCUUCCAGCCUGCACCACCAUCCACACCAUGCGUCACUACUGUCCAGCAUGGGCACAAGUUACGGUUCGGUCGGUUACAGCUACAGCGACCUGGAGCGCAUCUCACCACCCAUGUCCAUCGACGGGUGUGCCACGUGUAUUCAGCCGGAAUUUUUCAAAACGAUGAUAAGUUUAGGUUACGCCUUUCUAGUUACCUGGAUCACCGCGUUCGUAAUGGUGGUGGUGCACGAACGAGUACCGGACAUGAAGAAGUACCCACCGCUGCCGGACAUCUUCCUCGACAACGUGCCCCACAUACCGUGGGCUUUCCACAUGUGUGAGGUAACUGGCACGAUACUGUUCUGUAUCUGGAUGUGCGUUCUGGUGGUGCACAAGCAUCGGAUGGUGCUGUUGCGCCGUUUCUUCGCCUUGGCCGGUACCGUGUUUCUGCUGCGCUGUGUUACGAUGCUAAUUACGUCCCUGAGCGUUCCGGGAACGCAUCUAGAAUGUACGCCACACGAUCAUAAAUUCGACGACAGCAACGUGCGUAUAACGGAAAUGAUUUACCUUCGAAUCAGUCGUGCCUACACAAUCUGGAGCGGACUGGGCAUGUCCAUACAGGGCGUUCGUACUUGCGGUGACUACAUGUUCAGUGGGCACACCGUCGCCCUGACAUUGCUUAACUUCUUCAUCACCGAAUAUACCCCCCGGAAUCUGUACUUCCUGCAUACGCUCACCUGGCUGCUGAACAUGUUUGGAAUAUUCUUCAUUCUGGCCGCCCACGAACAUUACUCCAUUGACGUGUUUGUGGCGUUCUACAUAACGUCACGACUAUUUCUGUACUAUCACACCCUAGCCAACAAUCAGGCCCUUAUGUCACACGAUUCCAACCGAACACGCAUAUGGUUUCCCAUGUUUAGCUACUUCGAAAGCUCGGUCGAUGGUAUCAUCCCGAACGAGUACGACACGGUGUACGGUGUGCUGUACAAGGUCUUUGCCUGCGUGCUGUACGUAAAGGACGUAUGUAUGCUCACUGCACGCCGGUUCUGGAUUACCAACAUUGAUGGACCGGCCGGUGUACUAAAGACGAAGGUGGUACUGUUACAACAUCUGCACCAAAAGCAAGGUCAACCGACGGGGACGGUUCGAAAAGCGUCAGCAAAGGUGGAUGAAAUGGCGUCAGACUUAAGCUCGGCUCCAAUGGCGGAUGAAGAAGAGGAGCAGACCGAGGAUAGUAGUGGCCGGCAAACGAAAGCUCAACAAGUACUAAUUUCGAACAAUCUCGAGGCACACAGUGUGCACCAGCGCACACCGGAAAGAAAGGACGUGAUCAAGUGUAAUAACAUCAAUGCGGAGUAUGACGUUGCUAGUCUGAAACGGCGUUCGUUUGGCAACAUUAAUGCGACACUUCCAAAGAGCGUUAACGAGGCGAUAAAGUUGAACAAUAACAAUAACCACAGUAACAAUAACAACAACAACAACCAUCUUCCUUCCGGCGGACCAAAGGAUAACACCAAGAAGGAGCACUAG